UCUCGUUUUACACCUCAUAUGUUGCAAAUUAUUCACAGCUAUGCCUGGCAGUGCAUUUUCAAAAGAAGAUUAUCUUUCUCAUCUCUCUCAUCGGCCAAAAUACAUUCUUAGAGGUGUGAUCACACUUGGCGAAUCUCCCAAGCUGUCCAUGUCCAAGAUUCAACGCCAACCUCAAUUGUCAUUUGGACUACUUGAUAAUCUGCCCCUUGAGCUUCUGCAUGCUAUAAUCAGUUAUCUGGACUUAGGGUCGCUAUCACGCAUUUCACAAGUUUCUCUGCGCGGGAGAGUCAUCAUUGAAUCGCUACCUGCAUACAGAGAUCUUGCGACUGUCGCCGGCCAUAUUGCCCCAGCACUGAGUCAAACGAGAUUAAUUGGCCUCCAUUCCGUGACAACACUUCAAGCGGCUCUUCGCUCGGAUCGAUGCAUCUCUUGUGGACAGUACGGCGCCUACCUAUUUCUCCUCUCCUCUGAAGGAUGCUGUCUCGCGUGCCUUACGAAUAAUCAGUCGUUGUGGUUGAUCCCCCUCUCAGUCGCAAGAGACUGUUUCGAUCUCACUCGACAACAGUUAAAAGAUCAGCCCAUCAUGAGAAGUAUUCCGGGGACAUACGCUGUCCGAACCAGCAAAUAUCGGGCCCGGCCAAUCAGACUCAUCAGUGUCCGAAUUGCGAAAGAGCUGGCAAUUAAGGUGCACGGCUCCGCCGAGGCAGUGGCAAGAAAUCUAGCCGCAAAACGUUUGAAUAUGACAUUGACAAAGUUCCGCGAGGCAACAUUGUACCAAGAUGCUCCGUUGCUGCCCUUUUCUCAAGAUCCUUUGACCUUGGAAAGUCUUUCAUACUAUUCGGGUGACAGUUUUGAAGGUAUGGGCGCCAUCACUUUUCCAUCCAUGUCAGGGAACGACGUUGAAAAUGGGCUUUGGUGCCGAGGUUGUGAACGGAACUUUGAACUCUAUGACCGGCAGAAGCUAGAUCGCGACGUUGAAAAGCGUUUGACGCCUCCAGGCAGCGACGGUAGGAUAUUUUGGAGGGGCUUGCAGUACCGUGCCAGAUCGGAAGCAGAGUUUCUGGAGCAUGCCCGGCAUUGUUACUCCGCGGCGGAGGUCAUCACACGACGAUAUGUGCGCUUAACUUAAGGAACGAAUGCCUUCACAUUAUAUCUCUUUCCAUACAGUCCUGCUUAUCUUCGUACCCGUC